AUGUCUAAACAAAUCAUCAUUAUCGGCUCCGGCUUUGCUGGACUUUACAGCGCCUUGGGCGCAAAACGUCUUAUAAACCAAACAAAUCCAUCAAACCCUCCCCAGGUGACCGUGAUUUCACCAGCACCUACAUUGGACAUCCGCCCGCGCCUCUACGAGGCAAAUGCGGCGUCCCUCACGGCGCCGCUCGGCAAGCUUUUCAAAGAAGCCGGCAUCGCCCAUGUUGCUGGGCUGGUUACGUCUAUUGAUCACGCUGGCCAAUCAGUCACUAUUGAAAAUGCCGGUGUCGUGUCGACAAUGACAUACGAUCGCCUGGUACUUGCCAUGGGGAGCCAGCUCAUCCGUCCGACGAUCCCUGGCCUCGGCGCCUUUGCGUUUGACAUUGACCAAGUUUCAACAGCCGCCAAAUUAGAGGCCCAUCUCGAAUCCCUACCAUCACAGCCACCAUCCGAUGCGCGCAACACAAUUGUUGUUGCCGGCGCCGGCUUCACGGGUCUGGAGAUCGCCACAGAACUUCCAUCGCGGCUUCGCUCCAUCUUUACAGACGGCUCCAAGUCUCGAAUCAUCCUCAUCGAUCGCAACGCCGAGCUUGGUCACCAGAUCGGUUCAAACCCGCUUCCAGAAAUCAAAAAGGUACUGGAUGAUUUGGCAAUUGAAGUUCUCCUGAGCACCACCAUAGACUCCGUUUCUGCCACCGGGCUCGAGCUUUCCGAUGGCCGCACCAUACCCGCCAGUACAGUUAUUUGGACAGCUGGCAUGGUGGCCAAUUCAUUGACUGCUCAGGUGCCCGGGGAUAAGGAUGCUAUGGGCCGAUUGAUUGUUGGAACAGACCUGCGGGCGCCCAGCUCUCCAAACGUCUUUGCAACAGGCGACACAGCACAUGUCCUCACUGAUGAUGAGGGCCAUGUUGCCCUCAUGUCAUGCCAACAUGCUCUGAUGCUUGGUCGAGCAUCUGGACACAAUGCAGCAGCUGGCCUGCUUGGCCUGCCUCUGUAUAGUUACAGCCAGCCAUCCUAUGGAACCUGCCUGUCCUUGGGGGAGGGCCGUGCUGUUGUUACUGGCGGAUGGGAUCGCCAAGUCAUAUUCACCGGGGCUCAGGCCAAGGCUGUAAAGGAAUUCAUCAACACUAAACUGAUCUACCCUCCCACUAAUUCAGAGGAGGCCUUUGUGGUAGCUGACCCUGCAUACCAGAUUCCCCCAUUGCAACCGCCACAACCUGCUGCUGUAUAA